AUGUGUAUUAAAACAACUUAUAUUGUCAUAUUAUAUUUAUUUUACUGCAAUGUAUUAACAAUAGAUUCAUGUGAAAAUUACAAUACUUGUGAUGAGUGCAUCGGGGAUCCGAAGACAAACUGCGUUUGGUGUGCCAAGGAGGAAUGGAGUGAACUUCGAUGCAGAUCAAUAUAUCCCGGCAAUUGGUGCUUAAACCAUACGAUAAAUCCAAAAAAUUCAGUUAUAAAAACUGACGAUAGAUCUUUUAGUUCAGACUUAGGUAAAACCGUACAAAUAAGACCUCAAGAAUACAAAGUUGAAUUGCGUAUAGGACAGGAAAUCAGCUUCAAUUUUUCUUACGAAGCUGCAAAGGAUUAUCCUGUAGAUAUUUAUUUUUUAAUCGACGUUUCUUUGUCCAUGGCCGAUAUAAAAUCUAAGACAGCGAAUAAAAGUGAAAAUAUUUAUUUCGCUAUAAGUAACUUGACAAGUAAUGUAUUUUUGGGCCUGGGUACUUUUGUUGAUAAGAAUGCAAUACCCUUUAACACGUUUUAUAACAGCAGUUUGACGUAUUCGUUUAAACAUCAUUUAAAUUUCACAAGAAGUUAUGAAAAUUUUAAGAAAAUUUUAAAUGAUGUCCCGUUGGGUCAAAAUUAUGAUACACCCGAGGGAGGAUUAGAUGCUCUGGCGCAAGUCAUGGUAUGCAAGGAAGAACUAGGAUGGCGAACACAGUCUAGAAAAAUUGUUGUUUUACUCACAGAUGCUACAUACCAUGCGGCCGGUGAUGGGAGACUAGCUGGUAUUGUAAAGCCUUACGAUGGCAAAUGUUACAUGAAAAACAAUGUUUAUUCAAAUGAAUUAUCAAUGGAUUAUCCAUCAGUUAGUAUGAUAGGAAAAUUGGCAGCAGAUGAACAAAUCACAGUAGUAUUUGCGGUAAAAAACAGCAUGCAAAGUGUUUACACGAAACUUAGCAAUUCUGUACGUAAUUCGUGGAGCACCACAUAUGACAGUGCUGAUAUGGAUGUAAUUUUAAAAGAAAUUUACGAGGAAAUAACACAAAGCAUAAAAUUAGAUAUAAGAUCCCCAUAUCGAAAAAAAAUUGACAUAAACUUUAUUCCUGACUGUCUUGAAGAACGAAAUGAUGAGUGUAAUGUAAAAACAGGACAACAAACUAAUUUUACUGGGACACUCAAAUUAUUAGAUUAUAUAGAAGCAGACAACUUUUUAGUUGAUGUUCUGAUUGGAGGUGUUAAAGAGAAUUUAAAACUUAAUAUUGAUGUAAUUAAGAAAUGCGACUGUGUAACUGAUGUAAGUUCAAUAAAAUGUAACGCAUUUGGUAAUCGAAGAUGUGGUAUCUGUGAAUGUAACCCUGGCAGAUACGGUGAUAAAUGUGAAUGUACGGCCACAAGCAGCAGCCGUAUGAGCGACAACAGUUCUUGCAUUGCUCCAGGCCAUACAGAGCUUUGCAGCGGUCACGGGUUCUGUCAUUGUGGCAGCUGUCAUUGCAGAGAACGCUAUAAUGGUCGCUACUGCGAAUGCAAUCAGAAUAGUUGUACACUGGACGCCAGUGGCGCCCCCUGUAACGGCCGUGGAAACUGCUUAUGUGGAGUAUGCACGUGUACAUCAAACGACUGGUACGGCGCUGCUUGCGAAUGCUACAAACCUAAGACGCCUUGCAUCACAGAUGAUGGUAAAUUAUGUAACAACCGCGGUAGAUGUGAAUGCGGUGAAUGCAAGUGUGAGCCAAUCGCCCAAUGGGACGCAAGAUAUUAUCAGGAUCAAUUCUGCAGGAUCACGCCCUGUCCUGAUUGUCACAGCCGUCAGUGUAACAUGCUGGAGAACUGUGCUAAAUGUCAUCACACUGGCAACACAAAUUGUUCAGACUGCGACACCAUUAUCAGAGUCAAUGUAACGCGAACGCUGGGCGAAUUUAACAUAACCGAUAGCAAAUGGAACGUUUGUUAUUUCGAGACCAAUGGUAUUUGCUACUCACGUUUCAUGUAUAGGUAUGACGACGAUAACUAUAGCAUUGAAAUGUACGUGCAAACGGAUAUUGAUUGUGCCGAAAGUUAUUACAUGUUCGGUGGCUUAUUUUUGAUUGCGCUCAUAUUAAUUGGGAUAGCCACAUUGGUCGCCUGGAAACUUUUAACGGACGCCAGGGAUCGACGCGAAUACGAGCUGUUCCAGAAACAGCGUGCAGAAGAUAUGUCAGAGACGCGAAGAAAUCCUUACUUCAAACCCCCUACAAUGACAUUCGCUAAUCCUGUAUUUAGAAAAAGAUCUACCAAUCAACUUAAAUUGUAA